UCCCUUUUUAUGGCCGAAUAAUAGUUCAUUGUAUGGGUGGACCACAUUUUGUUUAUCCAUUCAUGUGUUAAUGGACAUUUGGGUUGUUUCUACCUCUUAACUAUUGUUAACUGAUGCCGCUGUGAACUUAGUGUACCAGUAUUUGUUCGAAUACCUGUUUUCAAUUCUUUUGGGUCUAUACCUAGGCGUGGAAUUGCUGGGUCACAUGGUAACGCUUGUUCAACUUUUUAAAAAAUGUGUAUUUAUUUUUGAGAGAGAGAGACUGAGACACAGAACAAGUGGGGGAGGGGCAAAGAGAGAGGGAGACACAGAAUCCGAAGCAGGCUCCCGUCUCUGAGCCGUCAGCACAGAGCCCGAUGUGGGGCUCGAACUCACAGACAGAGAGAUCAUGACCUGAGCCCAAGUCAGACACUUAACCGACUGAGCCACCCAGGCGCCCCUCAACUUUUUGAUUGUUUAACUUUUUGAAGAAUCAUCAAACUUUUCCACAGUAGCUGCGCCAUUUUGCAUUCCCACCAGCAGCUUACGGGGUCCCAAUUUCUAGAAAUAUGGCCAUCCUACUGGGUGCAUUGAGCUGGCUUUCAUAUUACUUGCUUCCCCCUCCCCUUGUGAUACAUGAUCAUUUUUUGCCUUUUGUGCAAUGCGUUCAUGAUGCAGAAACUCUGAUCGUGUGUCUGUGGCGAUGUGUCUAUGGCUGGCCCGGGUUUUGUGCUUUUCACUAUCAGCAUGUUCGACUUCAUGUCGGUGCGGUUGUGUGUCUUUGACUGGGUGUGCCUGGGGGGGGGCAUUUGGUAGCUGGGCAAUUGUGUGACUAACUACAAACUGGGGCAGUGACAGGUGGUGUGAAUACAUAAGGUUGCAGAUUUUAUAUGAUGCUGGGCAUGAUCGUGUCUGUGUCUGAUGUUUAGCUGUGUGCGUUGCUACAUCAUUGUGUGUUUGUGAAUGAUUAUGUGCGGGGGGGGGUGUUUUAUGCUUUUGUGUCUGGAGGCUACAUCUGUGUUUCGUGGGGGUCGUGUAACUGAAUCUUCUAUAGCUCUGUGAGAACAUAUCCAAGGAUAUCUGUGUGUCCGUUCGGUUGUGGCAAAAUCACGUCAAUGCGAUUGUGUGUUGUAGCGGUGUGUGAGUGCGUCAGCACCCAUCCGCGUGAUUACGAAUUCUGUGUCUAAGAGAUUGUGUGACUACAACGUUGUGUAGCCAGUGUGGUGUAUAGGUGUGGUUUGUGCCUGGGAAUUGUGUGUCCGUGCGACGCACACACACACACUUACACAUGCCACGGGAUUAGACGGUCCGUGUGACGGAAGAACCAGGAAUUUGUGUCACUGUGGAAUUGCACAUUGUGUGUGCAUAUGAUUGUCAGCUGCGUGUCUGUGACGCGUGUCUGUAUCAUCCACCCAGCCUCCCAGGACGCAACACCGGAGGUCCCUGGUGCACAACCUUGGAUUCCUCCCCCAUGUGGGGCAGGAACCAAACGUCAGCCAGGCCCAGAGCAGGGGGGUGGCUGUGAGGGCCUCCUGUAGUUCAGGUACUUGAGUGUCCCGUUUCACGCAGGAGGGGAGGUCAUCUCCCCUGCCCCAUCGCAUCAGAGCGAUGGUGGCUGCGGUGGCCCCGAUCUUCACACACCCUACUCCGUGCGGCACCACGGUGGGGGCGGGGGAGGGCACGGUAGACAGUGGCAGCUGUUUGUCAGGGGGUCCUCCUCCUGGCACCGGGCUCGACCCUGGAAACUCCCAAUCCAGGCAAUUUCAAACCAACCUAACCUGAAGCCCCAGCCCCCAACCCUCCUGCCCAUCGGGAACAGAGUUUGGCUCUUCUGGGCCCCCACCUGAUAACAGCGUCCAACAUCUGGGCCGUCUGAUAAUGCUCCUCUUGGCAAGGACUUCGUGCCAAAUCCCGCCAUCAGCAAGGUUACUGCUGUUUAGUGGGGAGGGGGAGAGCUACAAGGCCGUGGUCAGGGGAAAGGGGGUCUUGAAGCCCCUUCCCAGGAUCCCCAUUCUGUCUGUUAUCCCCUCCUACAGGAAGGUAACUAAGAACAGACGCCCAAGUCUCUCUUUUUGUGGGGACUCGGUGCCUCACUUUACCCAACACCUGAACCCUCAACCUCAGAACCCCCAGCCCCUGAACACCUGACUUGGCUUUGGAUACGGGGUCAGUCCUUAAGGCCCAGCCCCUAAGAAGGCUGAGAUGAGGUCUGUUCCCCAGAAACGGUGACCCCCCGCCUUGCCUGCCUCUUAUCAGGGACUGUAGCCAAUCAGCUGAGGGCAGAGAAGAGCCCUCCAAGGGGCCAUUGGUGUCUCAGAGCCCACGAGGCCACGGAGGGAGAGGAGGCCUGAGGCCCAGGGUGGGCACCAGCCGGCCAUGGCCGCAGCUGAGACCGCCUUGCCCUCCAUCAGCACGCUGACCACCCUGGGCCCCUUCCCGGACACACAGGAAGACUUUCUCAAGUGGUGGCGCUCUGAGGAGGUGCAGGACUUGGGUCCGGGUCCCCCUGAUCCCACCGGGCUGCCCCUCCACGUGAGGCCGGAGUCGCAGGACGCGCCCAGGGAGGACGAAGACGACGAGAGGGACUCGGCUACCUCCUGGGAUCUGGAUCUCCUUCUCACCAAUUUCCCGUGCCCGGAGCCGGGCGGCGCGCCCCAAACCUGCGCUUUGGCGCCGGGCGAGUGCUCCGCGGCGCAAUUCCCGCUGCCGCCCCCGCAGCUGCCGCCGCAGCCGCAGCCGCAGCCGCAGCCGCCGCCACCCGAGACUCUUGGCUCGUAUGUGGGCGGCUCGGGGCUGGUGGCUGGGUUCUUGGGUCCCGAGGAGCACCCGGGCUGGGCACGCCCGGCCCCCAGAGCCCCGGGCCCCGACGCCUUCGUGGGCUCCUCCCUGGGCCCGGUCCCCGAGCCCAAGGCACUGUCGCUGCAGCCGGUGUACCCGGGGCCAGGCGCGAGCUCCUCCGGCAGCUACUUCUCGAGGACCGGGCUUUCGGUGCCCACGGCGCCAGGCGCCCCCUACGGGCUGCUGUCCGGGUACCCAGCGCUGUACCCGGUCCCGCAGUACCAAGGGCACUUCCAGCUCUUCCGCGGGCUCCCAGCGCCUGCUCCCGGCCCCACCGCACCCCCCUCUUUCCUGAGUUGUCUGGGACCCGGGACGGCGGGUGCGGGACUCCGGGGGAUCGCAGGAGACCCAGGGGGGAUCGCGGAGGCCGCGCCAUCCAAACGCAGCCGGCGAUCGUGGGCGCGCAAGAGGCAGGCGGCGCACACAUGCACUCACCCGGGCUGUGGCAAGAGUUACACCAAGAGCUCACACCUGAAGGCUCAUCUGCGCACGCACACAGGAGAGAAGCCCUACGCCUGCACGUGGGACGGCUGUGGCUGGAGGUUCGCGCGCUCAGACGAACUGACCCGCCACUACCGAAAGCACACGGGACAGCGCCCCUUCCGGUGCCAGCUCUGCCCGCGCGCUUUUUCGCGCUCCGACCACCUGGCCUUGCACAUGAAGCGUCAUCUUUGAGCCCUGCCCCAACACUUGGACCUUCCUGGGGAUUGGGGAUGGAACAAGAGCAGAUCCACGCAGGGUGGUUUUCCCUCGGAUGGACCCUCUCCCGGAUUCGCAGUCUCACAGAUCCACCCAAAGAUCAAGGACUGGCCCAUAGACAGACCUGUGGGAGCCUCCAGCCAAAACUCCCACACGUCCUCAGCCACGGGGAGCCACACAGAGACAUCCAGUGGUCACACAAACACAACGAGACAACCCUCCAAAUAAAUGGACUCUCAGACACUUCGGACAGAGAGACAGACCCUCAGAGAGCUGGACCCUCAGACCAGUUUACAAGACGCCCUGGGCAGUGGGAGUUGGGGGUUGUGGGGUGAGGCUUCCCAGAGACCCUGGGCCUAGCAGGGGACUUCACAUCGUGACUAAUGAAGCUCUGCAUAGUGCCUGGAUCUGCUGUGAAUGGUUAUGGGUCCUGUACCAAUGCCCUUCCCAGAUAAAGGUUCAGCGUUGGCCUGACUUUGUGGGUUUUGGGUGCUGGAAGACGGGAGGAAGCUGUAUCCUCAGGGGUGACAUUGGGGGCCGUACACACCUUCACACCCUCAUCUCCUAAACUUCAGCGACCCUUCUUGGCAUUGUAGGCUUUGCCGCCCCUCACCACCACACCCCAAGAUCAGGCUACAUCGCCUUUAUCUCCUCCCUUGAGCCCCGGUUAUAUUCACUGGGACCGUCUCCCGCUGUUUAAGAGCCCCUCGGCCCGGUCCCAGAGUCUCAGCACCCUUCACCCAGACAUGAUCCAAUGUAAUUCUUUGACUAGCUCAGGGGACCCCGGGAGAACAUGUGGAAUGAAAAGAGAGAGGAUCAGGAGCACAAGCGCCCCUUAAAACAGCAAAGGUCACAAGAGUUGGACCUCAGAUUGUAAAGCAAGAGAGGAAAAAAUCCAAAUUUGCGGCUAACCCAGGAGCCGGGGAAGGAAUGGGG